GUUGAGCAUUCCACCUGCCAACAGCAACCGGGCACAUCCCCCCACCUGGUGGAUACCGGCAGGAAAAGUGGCCGCACGCCUUGCAAUCCCAGCAUUUCUGUGUUGGUUGUGGCCGUGAACGGGGCUCAAGUCCAAGGGCACGCGAGAAAGAGAGAAAGAGAAGGACGGAGAGAAAGAGAGAAAGAGAGACAGAGAGAGAGAGAGAGAGAGGGCGGCCUCCCGGAGUGCUGCCGUUGCUGUUGUUGCUGCUGUUGCCACUGCUAUUGCUUCUUCUACUUCCUCGACGUCUUCUCCUUCUUCGCCUUCUUCUGCGUGCGGGACCCGUCUACGGUUUCCUCUUCUACGACUACUACCACUAUUUCUUCUCGGCUCUUGCCGUCAACCCUCCCUGCGAGCUCACCCUCUUGUAUCUUGGUGGAGAUUCUACAGGAGCCACUAGCCGAGAAGAUUUAAAAGAGAAUCGUCGUCGUAGGAAGUGGAACAUAGAAGAAAGAAAAGGAGGAGCAUAGAAGAAAGAAAAAGAGGAGCGGAAGAAAGAUCCAAGCAAGCGACUUCCAUUCACGCAUCGUUCACAAUUACAUAAUCGACAAUAAAAGUAGAGCUCGAAGAAGAAGAAGAUAGAUCAUAUCUCAAUCAAAAUGACGAAUCGAAGACAGUGCUUUCAUCGACAAGUGCUCGGUUUGCUGCUCCUUCUACAAGCGAGCAUUCGGUCCGGGCACGUGGUACACGUGGCCGAGGCAGUAGAAACCGCUCACGCGGCCGAUCCACCGCCCUCGGCAUCGGUACCCACUAGCGUCUCAGGGCCGGAUUAUACCGGACCGUCAGCCGGUGCGGACGAAUGCGAUCCAGAGAUGGUCGGCUUCGAGUUGAUCACCGGCUAUGUAUACACCGCGCCCACGAACAUGCUCGAGUCCAUACCGGGCACGUUGAUGCUCACCGACUGUCUCGAAACCUGUCAAGCGAACGAUUCUUGCCAGGCGGUCAACUACGAGACCGGUCUUUGCGUUCUAUUCAGCUCUAACGCCGACAGCAAUCCAGGUGCUCUAUCGCAAUCGCAAUUCCCAGUGUUCACGAUCUACGCUCAGAAGAGUUGUCUCGCUGUGAAGCCGUGCGAACGCGCUUGGUGCAUCGACAGAGUACAGGGCCAUCGUCUUCAGGGUCACGCGCGCAGAACUAUGAGCGCGUCCUCGCGACAACAUUGUCUGGAACUUUGCCUAGGCGAAAGGGACUUCCUAUGUCGAUCGGCCAACUAUGCAAAUGCGACGAAAACUUGCGAACUUUCGGAUAUGGACCGAUUAACGGUGGCUGGUUCAAGUGCAUUUCAAACGGCUAAGGACUUUGAUUAUCUCGAAAAUCAUUGCGUCGAGGAGCCAGUAAAACUCUGCGAAUUCAAGAAGCUUAGCGGUCGUAUUCUCAAGACCGUCGAUUCGGUUUAUCAGGACGUUGGUACAUCCGAGGAAUGUCGCGAAUUGUGCUUGAAUUCGCCCUUCCGUUGUCAUUCUUACGAUUACGGUGACACCGGUGAUAUGGUUUGCCGUCUUAGCCAUCAUUCCAGAGCCACCCUUUCGGACAUUCAGGAACCUUAUUUGGACGUGGCGGAAGCAUCGACGUACGAGCUGAGUUCGUGCUAUAAUGUUACAAUCGAUUGCCGAGCUGGAGAUAUGGUAACCAGAAUCCAAACUAGCAAGCUCUUUUACGGAAAGGUAUACGCAAAGGGAUCGCCGAACUCGUGCGUGCAAGACGUGAAGGGAGCUCUCGAAUUCGAACUUCGAAUGGCUUACGACGAUCUCGAGUGCAACAUUAGACAGCAGGGUCUUGGCCGAUAUCUGAACGACGUGGUGAUUCAGCAUCACGACACGAUCGUGACGAGUUCCGACCUUGGCCUCGCAGUGACCUGCCAAUACGAUUUGACCAAUAAGACGGUCUCGAACGAAGUCGAUCUCGGCGUGCACGGUGACAUCACGCCAGCCUUGUCGGAAGAAGUGAUUGUCGAUUCUCCGAACGUUGCGAUGAAGAUCACCGAUCGCAGUGGGAACGAGGCGAUCCCUUCUGCCGAAGUCGGCGACCCAUUGGCUCUCAAAUUCGAGAUUCUCGAUCCCAACAGUCCCUACGAGAUUUUCGUUCGAGAACUCGUCGCUAUGGACGGCGUCGACUCCAGCGAAAUCGUCUUGAUCGAUUCCGACGGCUGUCCCACCGACCACGUGAUCAUGGGACCCCUUUACAAAUCCGCAACCUCCGGCAAGAUACUACUAUCGCACUUCGACGCGUUCAAGUUUCCCAGCUCGGAAGUGGUACAGUUCCGGGCAUUGGUGACACCCUGUAUGCCAAGUUGCGAACCGGUACAGUGCGAUCAGGAAGAGGCUACGGGCGAGCUCAGAUCCGUAAUCUCGUUCGGUCGACGUCGUCGUCGUCGUUCAACCUCGUCGUCGCAGAGCCGAGAGGAUCUGCUGUUGGUGCAAUCGAUCCAAAUUACGGACAAGUUUGGAUUCGAACGAGAGGGGAAACCGUCGAACGGCACGUCGGCUACACGGGACACCGUCUUCGUCGAAAGUACCGAAGACAUUAAUGGCUCAUCGAUGGGAGUUUGCAUAAAUCUUGGCGAGGCAAUCGUGGCUGGUACGGUCUUCCUCGUCGCACAAAUUGCCAUAAUCGCAGUAUGGACCUUUACCUGGCAACGACGUCGACAAAUGUUAAAACAUCAGGAAGCUCUCUCGGUAUCGGUAUCGGUACCAGGCAUGCACUCGCCUGGUUCAGCUCGUACCGACAGUCUCUGUAAGUUGUACGACGCCGGUUACGCCGGACGUCGUUUCUGAAGUCGAGAGACUUACACCGUCAUCUUUAAAUCCUCUUCGAUCUUCGCCCUUUCUCGCCUAUUACCGCGCCUCGAUCAUCCGUAGUAAACUAUAAUAUCCGAUACUACCGAACGGCGAGUAGUUAACGACGACGCACGAAGCGCGAGUCCCGACUUUUGUCACGACGAACGGACGAUUUUUAAUGCUUUUUUUUUUUUAUCUCUCACUCUCUAUAUUCUUUGA